AUGGCAGACAACCAAGCUGCCGAUGAUGCGGGGGGCGAUCGCCUCCCAUUGAGACCUGGGGAAAUCGGCCCAAACAAUGCCCGUAACAGGGCACAGAAGAAACGGCGCCGUGAGGCGCAAGCUGUAAGAGAAGAGGCGGAAAGGCGGCCAUUGACGCCCGGCGGUAUGAACUGGAAAACCAGUUCACCCAUGACAUGGUGCCAUGCUUGCCGACGCUCUGGGCCGAACGAUGGCCCGGCAGAUAACAAUGCUCCCGCCCCCGCACCCGCGGCCCUGUGCCGCUCUAUGAGGACGGCCGGGCAUGAAGUGAACAGACAGGCGCAAGCUGAAAGAGAAGAGGCCGAGGCCAUGGACGCCCGGCAUCGUGAGCUGAAGAACCACGUUGCUGCGGUACAGAGCAUAGCCGCCUUCGUUGGCGGCUUCCGAUUUCUUGCGGAAAUGCUUGCAGAGAUGGCAAAAAUAAACGACAAGAUCAAGAAAUUCGAAGCUCAUUGCCAGAGCUAUCUAGAUCUUUGGCAAAGGGCAGCUCACGUUGUCAGUGCAGGCGGUGCUGCUACGCCCGUCGUCGGCGUUACUAGUCGUGGUGCGCCUAUCGUCGGUGCCGCUGAUCGCGUGGUGCCCAACAAUGCCCCGGCAGCACCCCGAUGCCGACAAUGA